AUGGAUAUACAGGCACAAGUGAGACAGCCUUGCCGUCCAGUCCAUCUUCUGGUUGUCUUGGGAAGUGGAGGACAUACGGAGGAGAUGCUCUCCAUGCUCAGAUAUGCGGAGCUGGAUCCAGCGGUGUAUAUCAGACGUACAUACAUCGUAAGCUCUGGAGACGCAUUCAGCGCGAGGAAAGCCGUCGAGUAUGAAGAAAGCAUUGGAACCAGUGAACAAAUGGGCCAGGAUGAGAGUAAGAGCAGCAACUAUACCAUCAUAACGGUCCCUCGCGCAAGGAGGGUCCAUCAAUCCUUCCUGACUGCGCCGUUGACUACGCUGCAAUGCUUCGGAUUCUGCAUGCUGGUGCUUAUGGGCAGACAUCCCGAUCAACUCACCCUCACCGCUCACUCAAGUUCUUCAAGCUCCCCUUGCCCCGGAUAUCCUGACAUCAUUCUUACGAACGGGCCUGGCACGGGAGUCUGCGUGGUCGUGGCCGCCCGACUUCUCCGUCUGUUCGACCCGCUGGUAUGCCGCAUCCUGCCCCAGACCAGAUCAGAUAUCUCUUUCAAGUCCAAGACUAGUACCUACUCUGGCCCCGAGUCCCGUUCCCACUCCGGGCCUCGAGAUCAACGCCGUGGAACCAGACGAUAUCUACGGACGAUAUUCAUCGAGUCCUGGGCUCGCGUGACUACCGUGAGUUUGUCGGGAAAGAUCCUUUUCCCUCUCGUCGACCGAUUCUUGGUGCAGUGGGAAGGCCUAGCUGGUUACUCAGGGUGGUUUGGAUUUGGAAGAAAGGCUGAAUAUGUUGGGACGUUGCUGAGCUAG